GCACUGCACACCACCAAACACAGCUUACUACAGACUGAUACAGAUCAGCAGAGAAAAAGCACGCCGACCGUCGAACUAUGGCAAGCGGCAAAGCGUGUCUCCUGGGAGUGCUGUGCUCACUCAUCAUCCUCAGCAGCUUUAUCGGCAGCACAGAGACAGCGAGCUGCUGCCUAAGGUACAGAAAGCGUCCGGUGUUAUGCAGACGAGCUGUUGGUUACACCAUCCAGACCAUCAACACUUCCUGCGACAUCGAUGCCAUCAUCUUCCACGUUCGAGGAAGUUUCGUGUGUGCCGAUCCGUCAGUCAGCUGGACCCAGAGAGUGAAAGAGUGUUUGGAUCAAAGGAGGAGGAACAACGCUCAGAUUCUCAAAGAGGGAACCCAAAGCCCAACUGUAUCAGCAUGAACUCCACAUGACAGCUCAUUUCUGCAUCCCUGCACCAAAUAACCAAAUAUCUGCCACUGUUGUCAUAGUAAGACUUCACAUUCUACGCUUAAAUAGUUUUAAAAUUACUGUAACAGGAACUAUUGUGUAUUUUUUGUUACAUUCUCCUUUUAAUAUUUGUUCUGUUCUAUGAACAAUGACGUGUAGUAUUCUAAAUACAUAGUACACUGUAAGCUGUAGCUACAGCGCCUGAACUAAACAGAAAACAAGUAUUGUGAGAUUUUUGUCAAUUCUGUCUCGAUGUUUACCAUGUCUGACAUGGAGUAUGAAAUGCUGUACUCGCAAAAAUAAGACACUGUUAAAGAAUUUCAUAAUGUUAUUUAAUAAAAUAAAAUAAAAACAGAUGUUUAAUAAUACAUGUGUUUGUUUGUAUUCACUGCAUUCACCAUGUUCGACAACUUUUUCAGCUGUGGCAAUGAAAAUUCUUGAAAUUAAAACUUUGAAAUAUAAUUAUAUACAUCAUAUUUUAUGAUCUUGAAGAUGUUAUCUUACUUCACAGUGAUUAGUCAGUCAAAACUCUAAUUUCAGGUGGACUGCAUGCACAUUCUGCACAUGUAACAAACCUUAAAACACAGUUAUCGUCCUUUACAAGCACAGUACAAAACAUAAAGAGAGUAAAAUGAAUUAAAGUUAUAAAACAUCAAUUAAAUCAUCAAAAAGGUUU